CAUUCCACCCCCAUGGUUAUUAAUUUCAGAACACAUCUGAAUUCCUUCUCUGUGGCACAUGCUUUAGUCCAGCAGCAGACAGCUCCUGGCUGGGGUCAGAUUUCAAGUUCUCAUCUGUUGGUACCAAUACCACUACCAGAAUCUUUGUGGCCAACUCUUGAGGUCUUCUCUGAAUACAACUUGGUGUCUGAAGAUCCACUCAAGUACCUGUGCUCAUCAAUCUUUUCAGAAAAUUACAGCCUCCACUCUUGGCAAAACGUCUACUGUACUGAGUUUUGCUUUUGGAAACAACCUCCCUGAGACCAGGUUGAAAGCAACCCUCUGGUGCCAUAGCUCCCAGCAUGGAGGUGAAGAACUUCGCAGUUUGGGAUUACGUCGUAUUUGCAGCCCUCUUUGUCAUUUCCUCUGGAAUUGGGGUGUUCUUUGCUAUCAAGGAGAGGAAAAAGGCAACUUCAAGGGAGUUCCUGGUUGGGGGAAGGCAAAUGAGCUUUGGCCCUGUAGCGUUGUCUCUGACAGCCAGCUUCAUGUCAGCUGUCACGGUCCUAGGGGCCCCCUCCGAGGUUUAUCGCUUUGGGGCAUCGUUUCUGCUCUUCUUUAUUUCCUACACAUUCGUCAUCAUCCUCACAGCAGAGCUCUUUCUCCCUGUGUUCUACAGAUCUGGCAUCACCAGCACUUACGAGUACUUACAACUGCGAUUCAAUAAACCAGUACGCUACGCAGCCACUGUCAUCUACAUCGUGCAGACGAUUCUCUACACAGGAGUGGUGGUGUAUGCCCCUGCCCUGGCACUCAAUCAAGUGACUGGGUUUGAUCUCUGGGGCUCUGUGUUCGCAACAGGAAUUGUUUGCACUUUCUACUGUACCCUGGGAGGAUUAAAAGCAGUGGUGUGGACAGAUGCAUUUCAGAUGGUUGUCAUGAUUGUGGGAUUCUUAACGGUUCUCAUUCAAGGAUCAGCUCAUGCUGGUGGCUUACACAAUGUAAUAGAGCAUUCAACAAAUGGAUCUCGACUAAAUAUAUUUGACUUUGAUGUGGACCCUCUCAGGCGGCACACUUUUUGGACCAUCUCGGUGGGAGGAACUUUUACAUGGCUCGGGAUCUAUGGUGUUAAUCAGUCGACCAUACAGCGAUGCAUUUCUUGCAAAACAGAAAAACAUGCAAAACUAGCCUUGUAUUUUAACUUGUUGGGUCUCUGGAUCAUUCUGGUAUGUGCUGUCUUCUCUGGCUUAAUCAUGUACUCCCACUUCAAAGACUGUGACCCUUGGACUUCUGGCAUUAUCUCAGCACCAGACCAGCUGAUGCCGUACUUUGUCAUGGAGAUAUUUUUCACAAUGCCAGGACUGCCUGGACUCUUUGUGGCUUGUGCCUUCAGCGGAACUCUGAGCACUGUGGCUGCAAGCAUCAAUGCCUUAGCAACAGUGACCUUUGAGGAUUUUGUCAAGAGUUGUUUUCCCCGUCUCUCCGACAAGCUGAGCACGUGGAUCAGUAAAGGCUUAUGUCUCUUGUUUGGCGUGAUGUGUACCUCCAUGGCCGUGGCUGCAUCUCUCAUGGGAGGUGUUGUGCAGGCUGCCCUCAGCAUCCACGGCAUGUGCGGGGGACCAAUGCUGGGUCUGUUCUCUCUGGGAAUCCUGUUCCCUUUUGUGAACUGGAAGGGUGCACUGGGUGGCCUUCUGACUGGAAUCACCUUGUCAUUUUGGGUGGCCAUUGGGGCCUUUAUCUACCCUGCACCAGACUCCAAGACAUGGCCCUUGCCUUUAUCAACAGACCAGUGUGUCCCAUCAAAUGUGACACUAUCACCACCUACAGAGCUAUCCAGCCGACCUGCAAUCGCUGACACCUGGUAUUCGCUCUCCUACCUUUACUACAGUGCAGUGGGCUGCUUAGGAUGCAUUGCUGCUGGGAUAAUCAUCAGCUUCAUAACAGGUUAUCAAAGUGGCAAGGAUAUUCAACCACUGCUAAUUAGACCGGUUUGCAAUUUAUUUUGCUUUUGGUCUAAGAAAUACAAAAGACUGUGCUGGUGUGGUGUUCAGCAUGACAGUGGGACUGAGCAGGAAAACCUUGAGAAUGGCAGUUCCUGGAAACAAGAGGCUGAAUCUGUCUUACAGAAUGGACUCAGGCAAGAAGACCUGGUCAAUAUUCCAGGUCAUGAUCCCAAGGACAAAAGCUACAACAAUAUGGCACUAGAGAAGAUUACUCAUUUCUAACACAUGCAUGCGAGUGUAGCACACACACACACACAACACACACACACACACACACACACACAGAUACACACAGACCGUGUACUAUGUGCCUAUUGGUUAGCAGACUUGUGUAGUUGCCACUGCUAGAAGACAGGGAUGUCUCAUAUCUAUUUAUACUUAUUUAUAACUACAAAUAAAAUGACUGUUUCCAGCAUAUUCCCAGGAUAUUCUUUGGAAGACCCCAACUUUCACAUGAGAAGAAACAGCCAAACCUUAAGUGUACUGGCAAACUUCCUUCUGGGUUGUUAGGACUGGAUUUUACCACAGUGAAAAGAAUCAGUCCCUUUGCUUUAUGUCAUAUUAAACUUCAGGGUUUUUGUUUGGUUUGGUUUUUGAUGAUUCUCUAAGAAUCAAGUAUCUUGGAGUUUACAGGCAGAAUGUGGAAGGGGGUAUGCAUAUUGAAUGCUUCUCCAUCACUGCUGAUAAAAGGGAAGAAUGCCAUCUACCCCAGCCCCCAUAUCUCACAUGUAUGUAGGCACAUUUCACAUCACCCCACACUGCAGUUACAGUUGGAACACUUAAAUGCCAUCAACCCCCUCAACCCACACCCCCAUACCUUUAAGUCUUCUUCCAGUCAUCCCUGCUACUACAGCUGUCCUGACCAAGCCUUAUAAAUAAUUUUGCUCAGUACAGGAGAGGGACUGGUAUAUCUAGUGAGUGCCACGAUCAUAACUAAACACACUGCUCCCUUUGGCCUCUUGAUGUAGUAUUUCUUUCUUUCUAUCACCUUACAAGGGAAAAAUGAUUGUGCUCAACAAAAGUCUGGAGUCUUUCCCAGGGCUGGGUAAAGAGGAAAAAGGCAUGUCCUAUUUAGGAGGCUGUUAGGAUGGCAUCUGGAGGAGAAUGUUGCAAAUAGCUUAGCAGCCCACAGAUUUCACUAGUCAUGGGGUCUUCUUUGGAGCAAAAUACCUCAUCCACAGGUAUUAUAUUCUACUUAGUCAGCUCUUCUACACCAGUUCAACAUGUUCCACCAGGCUAAGGUGAGAGAAAUAAAGAUCUAUACAGUUGAAUUCACAAAAAUUAUUUUUUAAGUUCUAGAGUAACAGGAAACAAUUGAACAAUAGUUAACAAAUGGAAAGGCAGUGCAAGCUUUUUGGAUGAAGUGAAAAAAUGAAAUCCUUAAAAAGUAAGAAAGAACCAGUGGCCCAGGGGCUAGACCAGAGGAAAGAUAGUAGGAAACGAGCCAACAUCUCAGUGUCAGGUCCAUUAGGGCAGGUGUCAGAUAUUUAGUUUGGUGGCCAGGUGAGAUCAAAAGGUCUAGAAAUAAUAUAUCAGCAAAAUAAAAAGAAAUGGUCCAAAUGGGCAAGGAUAAGAAGUCCCAAAGGCUAUGUUGUUUAAAAGUAACCCAGGAGGAGAAAACCUUAAAAGAAUAAUUUGGGGAAAAAUUAUGUAACCAGUAUUUGUUAUUAGGGAGAGAAUAUAGAAAAAAAUCAGUGGUAAAAAAUAUGCAAAGGAACUAAAAAACAAUUGGAAUUUAUAAGCCACAUCCCAAUGCUUGUCUUCUCUCCCUCCACUCAAUAGAAGAGGAGAAUACAGGGAGAAAACGAGAGAAUUGGGUUGUGGUUUAUAAGUGACAUGAGAAAAAAUACAUUUGGAAAAGGAAGGAAAGAAUAAGUAAAAAAUACAUUUGGAAAAAUAUCUGAAAAUGAGAAGGAGCAGAAUUUCUAGAAACACUUUUUCUAGUCCAGCAAGGUAAUGAAGGUAUUGAUCUAAGGAUUUGUAUAUUGAAAGCCGCAAGUGUUUUCUAAACGAUUUAGUAGUUAGGACAUUCCUAUGAAAUAGAGACUCAAAAAUAUAUUGGGUGAACGUUGAAAAUUUGGCCAAACCUCAUUGGUUUGGUUAAUAUCUUAUGAUUGGGAAUGGAAACAACCACUCUGAGGAUGAGAAUUUCAUAAACAGCAGCCAUUGGAUAUGUGGCUUUUUCUCCCCCCAGAGGAAUGCUUUACUGAUAAAUUACCCCUUAUUUAAGGAAAAGAUAAAUCUGUUACUGUCCCUGCAUCCUGCCUUCUCACCACAUCCCCGUCAGAGAUUCUAACGCUGGAGAAAGAACACAGAGUGGUGUUCUUUCCAGGCAAGAGCAUGAACCAUAGUCCCUGAGGCGUGUCUGAUCAGCACUCAGGCAUCAGACAGCACAUAGAAGUCUGCCAAAGCAGACAUUUUGAGCUGACAGCUGCCCCCCUCCCCAGGAAGUGCAUAGGUGCCUGCACGCAGGUGUGGUCUCUGCUGCUAAGAACCAGUAAGGCAUGGAGCUGCUUCUCCAGACACACCAGACACUCAAGGCACUGGGUGAGAGGCUGCUGGGGCAUAUGUGUGUGUGUGUGUGUGUGUGUGUGUGUAUUAUAUAGAUAUAUAUCAAAUAAUACAUUUCAAGAUUUUGGACUUUCACUUGAAAUUGUACAAAAACAAACUGUACUAAAUAGUUCGUUAUUUUACUCACAAAUUUUACUCACAAAUUAUCCCACAGAUAUCACUAGGUCAGCAUUUUUCCCAGAAGGUUUUUUGGGACACUUUUUCUUUUCUUAGUCACUAAUUCUCUUACCUGGAGUGUUAUCAAGGCAUAAAAUGACUUACAAAUGGAAGAUAUCAUCAUCAUCAUCAUCAU